AAGAUAUUUGAGCGAGAAUGGGUUCACAUGGUGUUAGUGAUCAAUAAUGGUUCUUAUUUUGCUGCGGAUGCAGACACUACCUGGUUGAACGGUAUGGAGUGCGGACAUCCAUUUACAGCUCCCGAAGUCCCUUGUUACAAUGGUGAGAGAGAAACUUUUGUCAAAACACUGAAAACUGCUAAUGAUUAUAUUGACACCUUUACUAGGAAGAGGAGCAGAAACCUUUCUACUGAAUAUAAAAAAAUGCUAAACUCCAUCAAUGUCAUUAAAAAAAUUCCUCGUUCGAAUAUGAGAUAUUUGGAGUCUGCAGAAGUCACAUAUUAUCGUAAAAGUGGUCCUCGACCACUCACGGGGAAUGUGUUGAAGAAUUUCGGGAAAUCUAUGGUGCGAAUCCUAAGUAUCAAUGACUUAAAUACACAAAACCGACAUUUUCGUCAAUAGAACUCGAGGAACCAGGUGAGUCUGUUCCCAUUUCGAUUGUUAAUCUAAUGCUAAUGACUGCAUUUUAGAUAAUACAUAGUCUUCAUCCAAUACACUGUCGGACAGAUACAGGAUGAAUUUAAGAAGACGUACAAACGAUUAGACACCUAGACUCCACUUUAAGCUAUGGGGGAUGUGGUGUUUGUAUGAACUAUUGAUUUCAUUAUACCUGUUGAAUGUUUGAUUUUGAACUCCAACUACAGCACAUUCGUUCAUGCGUAUCUAGUAUUUCUUGGUCCAAUUGUGUUGUCUCUGAGAUUUUUAGUUUGUACUAUAAUUCAAAAAUUCCCAGCAGUUUAU